AUGGAUGGCAGGAUUACUGCACUGGAGGAUGCGAUGAAUAAAUCAUCUGCAGGGGUGGUGGCCUUGGAGGGAGCAAUUACGCAACUUAAAGUACAGUUGAAUGAUAAAGACCAAGAACUUUAUUCAAACGAUGUCGAUAUUGCUGGCAUCCCAGAACGGGGCGGUGAAAACAUAAUGAAUAUCAUUAAAGUUCUGUCCAUGAAACUGGGAAUCGCGACUGACGAGCGCGACAUAGUUCGAGCGGAGCGGAUCGGUUCUGCGCUGCGCAACAGAGUCUCAGUAAAUGACGUCACCACUGGAGUCGGCGGGGAUUCGGCCCAGCAGCGGCCGCGCAAUAUUAUAGUGCGUUUCGCUCGUCAAAUAACGCGCGACGAGUGGCUGCGUGCGGCACGUGUUCGUCGUUUAUUUAAGCUAGUUUUGCAUGAAUCAUACCAUCUCUUGUUUUUUUAUCACAUGCUGAAAUUGCAGCUUCUGUUACUAUCUUUACACUUCGUUGAACUGCUUGUGUAUGGCAAGGCAGCCUAA